UCGAGACAUAUUACCCAAUCUAGAAAGUAGAAAAUCCAUACGCAGACAUGACACAUCUACAACCCUGUCUCCUCCUCAUCCGGUCAUUCCCUCGACCCUAACCCUAAAACUCAAGCCACGUCAGCUUCGCCUCCGCAGCAGCAACUCCAUCAAUUAUCAAAAGACCCCAACAUUUAAAAUUUUCGUUUUGAGUGAUUUUGACAGCUCUGCCAUUCCCCCAAGAGCAAAUGCUGCUUCCCGCAGUGGCGGUCUCAACAAAAUGACGUGCUUAGUUUCCACAAGCUUCGCUUUUCCGGUACGUAUUUCUCUGCCGCGGCCACCACCAUCAAUCAAGGAAGUGCAGCGAUUAGAAUCUUCUCUGGUUAGAUUUUCAAGCAGUGAAACUGUUACUGCAGGAUAUAUUUUAUUUUCAGCUCAAAAGACUCUUGUUGCUUGCAGUUCAAAUCGUCACAUUUUAUCCGUGAAAGGAAGGUUUCAACAUUGCUUGAUGUCAUGCACAAGAUUUAUAUAUGAAUCUUUCUCUUAUAAUAUGAAUAAUGUACAUUGCAUGGAAAUAUUUUUAUGUGGUUAUUGGGUAGGACCUGAUGAUGAUGAUGGUUGGGGAUUUGUGGAAGCUGUGAUUAAUCAAAUUACUUGAUUUUGUUUGUUUGA